GAUCUUCUUUUGAGAGUUUAGGCUGCUAUCAGGGAGGUGACCGUAGACCUGAUUCAGUCCUCCUGAAGAACAUGCGUUCUAGUCUGCAGUGGUCUAAUAUGACUCCGCACGUGUUAGAAUGUGCGCGAUUAGCCAUUGAAAAGAACUUAAACGUAUUUGGCAUUGAGUAUUAUGGAGAAUGUUGGGGGGUUAAGAAUGACGCCGAUUCAAGCCUUUGGCAAAAGAAAGAUUCUGGAUGUGUCACUGCUGAUUGGACUGGGAAUUACCUGCUUGGAAGUGCUAAUGAAAUUGCCCUGUACAGAUACGCAAAAUAAGAAAUCGACAACAAGAUCAAUCAAAAUGACAUACCACAAAGACGGGGAGAUGAUAAAACACAUUUAGACAGGACAUUCUGCGACAUUCAAUUGUCAAUUGAGUUACAUUAUCCGCGUCUUGUUCUACUUGGAUAUUACCAACACUUUGUUAUGUACAUGUAUGUCAAUAAACAAACA